ACGUGGGCUGUCAAUAGCUACACAAUACACAAUAUAUGUAUCUGAUUAAUAAACCGCAAAAAUGGCCCAGAUAAAUCGAUAAGAGAAACAUAAUAAAAGAAUAACCUCGCAUUGUGUUCAACAAGAACCGAGGAACGAGACUGACCUAAAGGAGAUGAUCUGAUCAGGCUGAAACUCGAGAGGAAUGCCGACGCUGCAGCCUGCAGCUCCUAAACCUGAUGGACUGCCCCUCCAGUCCCGGUGCCUGUCGGAGCACGUCGGUGUAGCGGGGCUCGGUCGAACUUUAGGAACAUGUCAACAGUGAACAGCAGCAGCACCGGCCGCCGAGCCGUGGUCCUGGCGGGUCGGUACUGGUCCCAGCCCGCCUGCUCCCCAGCUCCCCAGAGGAGGAUGUUCAGACCGCCGCGGCGCCUAGUGAGCUCCAACGCCGCAGGCGACGGGAGCAAGACCGUGGCUUGGGCCCAGCUGCAGGAGGACGCCACCGGCCCGCUGACGACCCAGGACCGCCAUUUGCGGUCCCACCGGACCCUGAUCUACCGGGAUGUAAAGGCGUUCCUGAAGGAGAUCGGCGGGGACCCGCGUGAGGCGCGCUACUGGCUCACCCAGUUCCAGAGAGCCUCCGCGGCGCACGCUCCUGCGUUUGCGGUCCUGGAGCUGGACCACUCGGUCUUCGAGAGCCGGGACCUGGUCCACAAGCUGGCCUUCGGGCUCUCCUUCCUGCAGCGGAUGGACAUGAAGCCGGUGGUGGUGAUGGGGCUGGCGGGCGGAGCGCCGGCGGAGCAGCGCCGGCAGCUGGUGGAGGACUGCAAGCUGCUGACGGAGGUGCUGCAGCAGCACUCGGCCACCGUGCUGCCCUUCUUCUCCGCCGAGGCCAUGCUGAGCCUGCAGGAGCCCCCCCACAGUGCGGCCCCCCCGGUGGUGGCAGUGGACGCCUCCCUGCUCCAGUGGAGUCUGGACUGCGGGGCGGUGCCGCUGGUCUGCCCCGUGGGCCGCGACCAGGGCGGGAGCUCGGUGCCGCUGGACGCCGGAGAGGUGACGGCGGCCAUCUGCAGAACACUGCAGCCCCACAAGGUCAUGUUCCUGACCCGGGAGGGGGGGCUGCGGAACCACCAGGGACAGGUGCUGGGCUCCGUCUCGGUCCCGGCGGACCUGCCCGGGCUGCUGGGCGCCCCCUGGCUGCAGCCGGAGGAACAGCGGCGGGUGGAGACCAUCGCCCGGCUGCUCAACCAGCUGCCCAGAGACUCCACCGCCGUCAUCACCUCCGCCUGCACCCUGCUGACGGAGCUGUUCAGCCACCGGGGUUCUGGAACCCUCUUUAAGAACGCAGACCCCAUACACAGGUACUCGUCCCUGCAGCAGGUGGACACCACGCGCCUGCUGGCUCUCAUCAACUCGUCGUUCGAGCGGACGCUGAGCGAGAGCUACCUGGAGAAGCUGGAGUCACGGCUCCACUCCAUCUACCUGUCAGAGGGCUACAGCGCGGUUGCCGUGGUCACCAAGGAGCAGGUGGCCAGCGCCACGCCCUACCUGGACAAGUUUGUGGUGAGCAGCAGCCUGCAGGGCCAGGGGACGGGCCACCUGCUGUGGGACUACAUCAGACAGGACCUGGGCCGGCUCUUCUGGAGGUCCAGAGCCUGCAACAGGAUCAACCCCUGGUACUUUAAGCACUGUGACGGGAGCUUCGUGAGCGGCGAGUGGACGGUGUUCUGGGUGGGGCUGACGGACAUCAGAGACUCCUACGAGCUGGUGGAGUACGCCAGGACCCUCCCCGACUCCUUCAUCGCCCAAUCAGGGACCAGAGCCCCCGUGCCCCCCGGCUGACCUGGCCCCACCCACCGGGUGAAGGAACCUCCAAGGACACGCUUCCCAUUGGCCAAGGGAACACUUUACACUCUUCCCAUUGGCUGCAGGAACAUUCUGGAACCCUGGAGUUCUACGCUGUAGAGCGCUGGCUCGGGAGAAAUUACACAAUAAAGACCAGGAAACACCA